AAGAUGAAUUGAACAAUAAUCAACGGACGCUUAGUCAAUUUCAUGAUCAAAAACAGACGUGGAUUGAUGAUCGUGAGCGUUUAGAAGAUAAAUUAAGCAAACUGGAAAUAGCUGCUCAAAGACUUGAGGCCGAACUUAGUAAUGAGAAUUUGCACUUAAAAGAAACUAUUGAUAAAUUAAAACUUGAGUUGGAAGAAAUGGAAAGAAGUAGCAGAGUGCUUACUGAAUUUGAAGCUAUCAGUGAAAUUGAUAACAUAAAUAACAACAAGAAUAAUCUGGCAACAGAAAUAAUUAAUCAUGCACUCGCGUCGAUAGAAGAAGGUGGUUCAGACUCAAACACAGAUGAUGUAAGGGAUCGACAACUUAUUAAGACUCAACGAAGGCGUAAAGAUGACACAUCAGAUAUAAACGCUAGUGAAGAACAAUCGCAUUCGCGAUCCGGUGAAUUAGACAGAUAUCGUGGUACAGAUAUCGACCAUACAAGCCGAAAACAAAGUGGAUCACGAAGUCGCCGUCAAGUAACAGAUGUGAACGGAAUUACACGAAAUACCUCUGGUAGGGAUAUCGAAUCUCAAUAUCAAAUAUUAUCUUCAGAAUUAGGGGUUCAAUAUGCCUUGAUUGAAGGUAUUUUAAGGAACCGAGAUAUGCCAGGUCCACAUGAUAAGAGAGAUAGAGAUAGACAAAUUAGGAAUAGUGUUGACGGAGAUACGCCAGUCCCAGAAAUAGAGCCACAGUCGUCGGAAAAAAUCGAACAGGCAAUGCAAUCUUCAAAAGCCCUUGUUACGCGUAAUCAGAAUAUGACUGUUCAGCAGAACAAUGUGGUGGUCAACAGCACUGUUACAUUCGCAUUAUACACACUUGUAAUCUAUCUUUUCGGAAUUAUUACAUCUGUGUUUGUUCUUGAUAACAACCAAGGGGCCCUUACGUAUAGUGAUUGGUUACCUCAUGACGUAGUCGAUGAAAGCUGGACUAUGCGUUCAUUUCAAAUUAUAUUGUAUUGGAUCGAAACAUUAUUAAAUGAUGGAAAUAUGAGAGUUCCUACGUAA